AGCUUGCCCUUCCCGCCCGCCACAUCGGCCCUCCGGCCCCCCAGUGCCCCUCCGACGGAGCCCUCGCGCCUUUUCGCUGUGGCCGCUCCCGCCCCGGGAGCGCCUUCUCCUCCUGCCACGCUGGCGCACCUCCUCCCCGCCCCGGCCAUGUACAGCCUACUGGAGACUGAGCUCAAGAGCCCCGUGGGGCCACCAACCCCGGCGGCGGGCGCGGGCGGCCCCGCGGCCCCGGGAGGCGCCAACAAGAGCGGCGCGAACGCAGGCGGCGGCGGCGCGAACACAGGCGGCGGCGCGGGUGGCGCGAGCGGCGGCAGCGACCAGGAUCGCGUGAAACGGCCCAUGAAUGCCUUCAUGGUGUGGUCCCGCGGGCAACGGCGCAAGAUGGCCUUGGAGAACCCCAAGAUGCACAACUCGGAGAUCAGCAAGCGCCUGGGUGCCGACUGGAAGCUGCUCACGGACGCCGAGAAGCGGCCGUUCAUCGACGAGGCCAAGCGGCUGCGCGCAGUGCACAUGAAGGAGUACCCGGACUACAAGUAUCGGCCGCGCCGCAAGACCAAGACGCUGCUUAAGAAGGACAAGUAUUCCCUGCCAGGCGGCCUGCUGCCCCCCGGUGCCGCCGCCGCCGCCGCCGCCGCUGCAGCGGCCGCCAGCAGCCCGGUGGGCGUGGGCCAGCGGCUGGACACGUACGCGCACGUGAACGGCUGGGCCAACGGCGCGUACUCGCUGGUGCAGGAGCAGCUGGGCUACGCGCAGCCCCCGGGUAUGAGCAGCCCGCCGCCGCCGCCCGCGCUGCCGCAGAUGCACCGCUACGACAUGGCCGGCCUGCAGUACAGCCCCAUGAUGCCGCCGGGCGCCCAGAGCUACAUGAACGCCGCCGCCGCCGCCGCCGCUGCCUCAGGCUACGGGGGCAUGGCACCCUCGGCCGCCGCCGCCGCCGCCGCCGCUUAUGGGCAGCAGCCGGCCGCGGCCACCGCUGCUGCCGCCGCCGCCGCCGCCGCCGCCAUGAGCCUGGGUCCCAUGGGCUCGGUGGUGAAGUCGGAACCCAGUUCACCGCCGCCCGCCAUCGCGUCGCACUCGCAGCGCGCGUGCCUCGGUGAUCUGCGCGACAUGAUCAGUAUGUACCUGCCGCCCGGCGGGGACGCGGCCGACGCCUCGUCUCCGCUGCCCGGCGGCCGCCUGCACGGAGUACACCAGCACUACCAGGGGGCCGGGACUGCGGUCAAUGGCACGGUGCCGCUGACCCACAUCUGA